AUGAAGAAAGCGGCAGAGGGACUGAGAGUCCUCUUCCCGAGCAUGGUAUAUGUCAUUUGCCUCGCGCACGCCGUUCACAGGGUGUGCGAAGAUAUUCGCAAGCUCUCCCCAGAAACAGAUGCCUUCGUCGCGAGCGUGAAAGAAGUCUUUCUCAAAGCACCUUCGCGAAUACAAUGUUUUGGAGAUCUCGCUCCGGAUCUAGCCUUGCCGCCUCGACCUGUUGUGACGCGAUGGGGCUCUUGGCUAGCGGCCGUCUGUUACCACGCAAGGAACUUCGAGAAAAUUGAGGAAGUUCUGAACAGCCUUCAUUGUGAGGAGGCUGUUUGUGUUUCGAAGAGUCAGGAAUUGCUGGAGAGUCCAGUAUAG